CGAUCGACGCAACUCUAUCCAUGGACGUCCAGACCGAUCCUAUGAAUCGAGAGAGUAAGCGGGGCAAUUUUAUUCAAACAAGUUCUUCUUCCGCCGCCGCCGCCGAUUUAGUCACCCUCGUUAGGUCCCUGCCUCCAGAAAUUAUUACAGAAAUUUUAAGCAGACUUCCAGUCAAAUCACUUCUCCGAUGCAGGUGCGUCUCCAUAUCUUGGAAUGCUUUGAUUGCUGAUCCCAUAUUCGUGAAGAAGCAUCUCAAAGCUUCUCAGAAUGAAGAACAACUUCUUAUCAGAUAUUCUCAAUGGGUUCGUACUAGUGAUGUGAAAUCUGUUUACAUCUCAGAUGUUCUGAAUGAAGAGUUUCCAACUGAACUUUCAUUAAAUUUUCCAAAGAAAUACUCAAAAUCUGAUAUAUGGAUCAUUGGCUCAUGUAAUGGGCUAGUUUGUGUAGUUAUUGAUCAAGCUAAGAUACUUUUAUGGAAUCCAUCAACUAGGGAAUCCAAGAAACUUCCCAGUUGCGGUUAUAAAGAGCGUGCAAGUCGGUUUAUUGCAUAUGGGUUUGGCUAUGAUGAACGUAAUUCCGACUACAAGGUGAUCGUUAUUAACUGUAAAUCAACAAAUUUCACUGGCCCUUUCUCAACUCAAAUAAAGAUUUACGGGUUGAAGAGUGGUUCAUGGAGGAAGGUUAAGAAUUACCCUCAAUUCUGUCCGUUGGGUGAUAUGGGAAUGUUUGUGAAUGGAACACUUCACUGGGGAGCAAGUAUUGAUACAGGGAUCAAUAGUUAUCAGAGUAUCCUUACUUUCGAUAUGUCCGAAGAAACCUUUUCUGAAAUAUCACAACCCUGUUUUGGGGAAUCGGUUUUGGAUUCUGUGAUAUGGGUUUUAAAUGGAUGCCUCUGUAUGCUAAUUAACUAUCAUGAUGAGAGGAAAUUUGACUUAUGGAUAAUGAAAGAUUAUGGAAAAACUGAAUCUUGGACUAAGUUGUUUUCAUUACCCUUUCCAGAGGGUCGAAUGAAUUUUCAGUUUACACCAUUGUAUAUUACCAAGAAAAAUGAAAUCCUUAUGUUGUUUGGAAAACAAUUGGUGCUGUUUCAUGUGGAGAAUAAAGUGAUCACAAUUUCUUAUCCUGGCCUUAAAAAUGCACACAAACGUUGCCUUGAAGCUCUCACUUAUACGGAGAGCCUAGUCUCGCCUUCUCCUGAAUGA